CAAAAAGUCCUGCUGAUGGUACUCCAAGAAGACCUCUUUUAUCUGUCAGUGCAAGAAAAAUUAAAGAUAAUGCAGCAGACUGGCAUAAUUUAAUGAUGAAAUGGGAGAGACUGAAUGAUAAUGGAUUUACUACAGCAAACAAAAUAGUCAACAUGAAGAUCAGUGAGCAAUUUCAAGACGACAAACUGGAGAUAGCGUGUGAUAACAAUGCCACAGAAUCUGAAAAGCCAACUCCAAAAUACAAUGAAGAACUGGACAAUUGCUGUGGAGAAUUACUUGAGACUUUAAAGCUUAUGACAAAAAUACAGCUGAAAAUGGAAAAGCUUACUUCGACUACUAAAGCAAUCUGUGACUUGGAAAGAUUCCACUAUGGAGCUGGGAAUUGCACAGCACCCUUCUUUCAUACAUGGCCCACACCAUACUUCUAUGAGGUUUCUCUGAAGCUCUCUGAAAUGUACAAGAAGGAGAUACAGCUCAAGCAAACAAUUGUACAAGAAAUUGCUCAUUCUGCUGACCGUGAUCUGAUGAUGGUCUAUUUAUCAUCAUGGUUAUACCAGCCUUACAUUGAGAACAGCAGCAAACUACUGCUUGAAGCCAUGCUGCUGGAAACAGGACAUAGGCAGUGCUAGAAUUCCAAAUGUUACAUGACUUGCUCCUAAUGAUGCUUACAUGAAACUGAAAUGGCAAAUGCAAGGCUUACCAAGUAGGUUAAAUUUUUGUAAAACCUAUUAAAAAUAUUUUUCUCUAUUUGUAUUUAUUC